UGCCAGCAGACAGCAGACCAAAGACUGACAGACAGGUUUCUACAGAGCGUUGUGAUCAUCUAUUUUCUUGACGGUUUGGGUUUCAUUGUCGAUGGCAUAUGAACUGCUCCAGCAAACUGAUUUUGUCUUCAAUCUUAAUGAGCUCACUUAACCUCUUAAAGGACUAACCACUUGCUGCUGUAAAGACACAAGGCAAGGCUUUUAACCAUGGAUAGCAGUAAAACAGAAGAAACUGAGAAGACCAGUAAUGAAUCUGAGACAAAUAAAAUUAACACUGAAACUGAUGCCAGUAGUGCCUCUGAGAAAGAUGAACUGAAUACAAAUGCUGCCGAAGCAGUACCUUCGCUGGGUACUGAAGACGGCGGUGAUGAGUCUGAAAACAAGGACACCCCAGAUUGGGAUGAUUUCAUUGAUGAAGUUGCUCUGAAAGAUUUAGAGCUUACUCUAAAUGAUGAAGAUAAGGAGCGGAUGAAAAAUGAAGCUGAGGAUGUCAAAGAAAAAGGAAAUCAACAAUUUAAACUGGGAGAAUUCAGAGAAUCUGCCAUAUCUUAUACCUUAGCACUCAGAACAUGCCCGUUGUCAUAUUCAAAUGAAAGAUCCAAACUCUAUUCAAAUAGAGCAGCCUCAAAGAUGAAGCUGGGCUUGUCAAAAUCUGCAAUUGAAGAUUGUAACCAGGCUGUGGAAUUGAACCCAACUUUCAUGCGAGCGUUGUUGCGACGUGCACAUCUACUUGAGACUGCUGAUAAAUUAGAUGAAGCUCUCGAAGAUUACAAAAAGAUCUUAGAGCUCGAUCCAGGUCACACUGACGCCAAUGUUGCUGUGAGGAGACUCCCUGAUUUAAUAAAUGAGCGGAAUGAAAAGCUCAAGACUGAGAUGAUGUCAAAACUGAAAGACUUAGGAAACCUUUUCUUACGGCCUUUUGGACUAUCAACUGACAAUUUUCAACUACAAGACUCUGGUUCUGGAGGGUAUUCAGUUCAGUUCAAACAAUCUUAAAGAAAAUAUGGGACACUCAGUAUGUAUUUUGCCCAAAGGCAGUCUUAUUUUGAAUUAAAUUUGUAAGCCAAAGCAAUAAGUUAAGAAUAAAUUCCAUGUUACUUAUCAA